UGGUUUGAGUAUGAUAUAUAAGACUGUGAUGAUGACCCAACUGUUACGCGAAAGUCUGAGCAACCACAGCAAUCGCCAGGUGAAUCUCAAAUAAGAAAAUCAGCAUCGUAUAUUUCGUUUAGGUUCACCGAGAAGAACAUUUCUGAUCAAAGAUGACUCUUGUCCCAAAUAAACGUCAGCAGAACUCUACUCUUCAACUGUAUCGUGGCAACCAUUUUGCUCACAGCGUCCCAGAUUUGUGGGAGCUUUAUCGGUCUCCUACGCCGGCAUCAACUUCGUCUAAUUACUCGAGGAAAGAAAGAUCGCCUUUUAAAGGACCUUCUCGGGUGAAAUCAGCCCGAAAGAAAAGCCAUGGUGUAAGAACUGAACUUCGGGGACCUUGCCAGUCACGAAUUAUGUCCCAAUCAGGUUUGUCUCCUGCUCGAAGCCGAAUGUCAUCGGCGUGGAUAGAAUGUGACAUAGAUCCAUGGGCACAGUUUAGACGACGGGCAAACACUAUUCCUGACCGACUCAUCGAACGACUUAGCCGAUCCAUGGGACAAGACACUGCCGUCGACUGUUACCGCUGUCGCAGCUUUAGCGUCACCCAUAAGGGCGUUAUGAACCUGGGAGACAUGGUGCGGUACAGGUCACGGUCAAAUGUCAGUGAAACAUCCGGUUCCAGCGACGAUAUCCAAGAUAGGGCUUGCUCAGUUGGUCCUAACUCUCCGUACUACACUGCUAGCCAACCUGACCAUUACAAUGUAGCGCUACUUGGUACAGAGAAUGUGGGCAAAUCGUGCCUAAUUUCUCAGUUUAUGACGUCAGAGUAUCUCACUCCAAGUAGCGACUCCAGAAAUUUAAAUGACAGAAAGAAAGAACAGAACGUAUCGAUUUUGCUUGACAGAGAAGAAACAGAGCUUCAGUUCGAACAGCGUAAUAGUCCAGAAGAAUGGUCAAACGAAGAAUCCUUCGCUGCAACACAUGCCUUUGUUGUAGUUUACUCAAUAGCCGAUAGACGAAGCUUUCAGGCAGCGACAAGAACACUUACAUUCCUAAAAUACUCUGGUACCCAGAUGUCUGAAAAAGGAAAAGGCUUAACAUCUAAAGCUGUUAUUCUAGUUGCGAACAAAGCAGAUCUCGCACGAUGUAGAGUUGUUUCAAAAGAAGAAGGUCGUUGUUUGGCAAGUAAGCUCGACACGAAGUUCGUCGAGACCUCCACUGCAGUAAACUAUAACGUCGACGAAUUGUUAGUGGGCAUCGUAAAGCAAAUUCGUCUGAGACUCAGAAUAAACAGUGACUCUAGUGAUGCCUGCAGGUCAAAAAUGGCGAAUGGAAAAGCUCGAGGACUGAUGAGUAAAUUACUUCACAUAUGUGAAUCGAAAAUUAAAUCAUGUGAUAACCUGAACAUUAUUUAAAGCAGACCUUGGAUCUCAUUUAAACAAUAAAAGUUUAUAUUAUGAAAUUGUUGUCUAACUGCACUUUCAGGUAAUUCAUAUCAAUCACAGUGAGGCAAAGCUGGCUGAUAUUUCACUAACAGUGAAGCUUUGAUUUGAUUAAUCAUUUAAUGACACAAUAACGGCCAGUAAAUUUAGCUUUGGGAAUGUUUGUUUCAUACAUGGUGAUAUUUUUGUUCGAAUACCAGGGCGUGAAACAAGUCCCGAAAGUAAACUAAAUUGUUUCUUCAAUUUUUAAAAAUGAUGGUUAAGAUACCACAGAAAUUGAAAAUGUAUUUCUAAAUCUUCCAUUUACACUUGUUGUUUCACUCUUACGCAAGCUAGAAGUAUAGACCAUUAUAACAGCUUCUGGUUAACAUGAACCAGCCAAGGCAACUUUUUUUCUGGUGAUAAAAGUACCAGUAGUAAUGCGAAGAAGAAAACAAAAUGGCACCGAUAAUAAUAAUAGCACUGAUAUAAGUGGCUUCAGUGAUAUUGAAAAAUGGAAUAUAUAUUACAUAAAGAUUAUAAACGUACAAUUUUCCCGUGUUUUUUAUUUUGGGAAUAAGUGGUGCCAUUUUUUCCACUUAGAAUUAUUUCUGAUACCAUUAUUAUCACCGGAAACAUUUUUCCUGAAUUAAUAUUUUAUACAUCUUACGAAAUGUUUUGAAAUAUUAUAAAGCCUUUAUAUAAGAUCUAUGAAUUUAUUUAUUAUUUAUGUAUAUAUAUAUUUUGUUUGUAGAGCAUACUGUUUUAAUCCCUUGUAUAACAGUGCUAUAACUGAGUGUUUUUGAAAACACUGUAUGUGUAUUAAAUGUGGUUAACGAGAGGUAUUUAAUGAAUGUUUAUUAUCGGGUGCCGUUUUCAAUGUAUCACACUUUAUUUAAAGAACAGUUGUGGUAUUUCUAAACUUUUAUAUGCUUUUACUUUUAACUUUAAGUAACUGUUGUAAAUAAAAUUGUUUAAAUUUAUUUGUUUAUACGUUGUACAUAUACAUAUGUGUGUGUGGCAGUAUGUUAAAUCAAUACUAUUGUGUCACUUCAGCCUGUGCUCGUGGAGUUGU